AUGCCAGCCACGACUCCCCCGGCGGACAGCAAGUCGCGACAGGGCUCUGCCGGCAAGUCAUUCUUUUCCAGGAAACUCCACAAGGACAAGUCUUCCUUUCACCGAUCGCCGAGCGAUGACAACCACCUUCUACCGGAGCUCCCUGGCCGCGGCAGCGCCCACGGGUCGCAAUCCUCUAGAUACUCUGACCGCUCUUCGAUGAUGUCGAUUGACCGGCCUCAGUCAUUCGGUGGCGAUCCUUCAGGCCUAGCCAUGCAUACUGGUGUGAUCACUUCGAUUCCUUAUGAAAGUGUCGCGUCCGACGCCAAGUCGCCAAUACCUGUCGAAUACCUGCCGCGUACUGAACAUCAGAUUCCUCGCAAGGAACCACAGCCGCAUCAUCUGAACACUCGCGGGGCUGAUUUUCACCAGUACCCAGCUUUUUCGCCUUCACAGGCGGCCAACAAGCAUUCGCAACCUACAGGGCCGCGGCCGCCACCUCAUGCGUCCAAUAGUGGCGGCACGUCAUCCCCGUAUUCUGCAGAUAAAGCCGCCGCGCAGCAAUACUCUCGAUCAGGCAGCGUGGCAAGCGGCUUGAACGGAUUUAGCCAUGGCAAUUCUUAUUCAUACUCUACAGCCAAUUCAUCUACAAAUCCUCGAACGUCUUUUGACCAAGCCAGCGUGUACUCGUCUAUUUCAUCCGCAACAAGAGGGUCUACUCUGUUCUCGUCCAAUAACUCUUCUCAAACCGCCAUUGCCCAGUCGCCUGGGCAUCAAACUCCUCCCCGCUCAUCCCACGGCUAUCCUAACCAGCAGCAGCCUGCGCUUUAUGCAAACAGUCCUUCUUCUUCUUCUUCUUUCAAUACAAACGCUGCCUUUUCUCCCGAUGGCUUCCACCUCCAUCCGCCAUCAGACGUACGCGUAAUAGAGGAGCAAUUCUUAGCCUUAAUGAAUAAGAGAGGGUGGCAGAAUAUGCCAGAGCAGGCAAAACGGCAGAUGCUUGCUUACCCGGCGGACAAGAAAUGGACUUUGGUUUAUCAGGAUAGAUUGACGGAGUGGCAGGGGGAGAAGAGAAGACGGCAAAAUGCCCGACAGACAUUGACUGGUCCUGACGGCCAAAAUGGUCCACUGGCGCGGGCGGACGAGGAAGGUAGUCCAGAGUGGUAUGUGCGAAAGGUCAUGAACGACACCAUUACCUCGCAAGAGCUGGCAAGCUUGAGCGUGAGUCUACGCACGCAACCAAUUGGCUGGGUAAAAUCCUUUGUCGAGGCCCAAGGUCAAGUAGCCUUGACCAAUAUCCUGUCGAAAAUCAGUCGACGCCAAACGCAUGGUGGUGCAGCAACAACUCGAUCUGGAAAUAUUGAACAGGACUUGGACCGAGAAUAUGAUAUUUUAAAAUGCAUCAAAGCGGUAAUGAACAACCAAUAUGGUACCGAAGACGCAUUGACGCACCAGCAAAUCAUUGUGGCCCUAGCGACGUCUUUGACAUCUGCUCGAUUGACAGCCAGGAGGAUUGUGAGCGAAAUAUUAACAUUUCUGUCGCAUUGCAAUGGCGGCGACGGGCACGUCAAGGUCUUGCAGGCCAUGGACUAUGUCAAGAAUAUGCAGGGCGAGACUGGUCGCUUUGAUGCAUGGAUGAGACUUGUCGAGGUCACCAUUGACGGCCGUGGGAAGAUGGGAAGUCUUGUUGGCGCCAGCGAUGAGGUGAGGAGUGGAGGUAUUGGCAUGGAAAAUCUCCUCAUGGAGUACGCCGUGGCCACUCUUUUGCUUGUCAAUAUGCUUGUGGAUGCUCCCGAAGGGGACAGGAACCUGCCACUGCGUUGUCAUAUUCGAGCGCAGUUCACAUCAUGCGGUAUCAAACGGAUUCUCACGAAAAUGGAAAGCUUCCAUUACGAGACCAUCGAUAAGCAGAUUGAACGCUAUCGGACGAAUGAGGCCAUCGAUUAUGAAGACCUCUUGGAACGGGAGAAUAGUAGCAUGAAAGACAGCAUCGAGGGAGAACUCAAGGAUCUCAAUGACCCAGCCCAGAUUGUCGAUGCCAUCAUGUCCAAGGUCAAUGGCACUCGAGCCCAGGAUUACUUUGUAUCUAGCAUGCAGCAUCUGCUACUGAUUCGCGAGAAUGGUGGAGAAGACCGGCUUCGCAUGUUCCAAUUGGUGGACGCAAUGCUCAGUUAUGUGGCAAUGGAUCGAAGGCUGCCCGACAUGGAUCUCAAGCAGAGUCUCAAUUUUACUGUUCAGAGCCUUCUGGACAAGCUGCACACCGAUUCUGAAGCCCGUCAAGCACUUGACGAGGCCGUCGAAGCUCGCCAGAUUGCCGAUUCUGCCAUUGCUGAGCGUGACGAGAUGAAAGCACAGGUAGAAUUGGGGGCAGACGGAGUGGUUGGCAAGCUUCAAAAACAGAUUGAAGAGCAAGCAGCGAUCAUCAACUUGCAACAACGUCAAAAUGAUGGUCUCAAGGCGGAGCUCGCUGAUCUGCAGCAGAUCCGUGCUCAAGAGCUUCAAAGGAAUGAAUUGGAAACACGAGAAUUGUAUUUGAUGCUCAGAGACGCUCAAGAUGUUGCUUCUUCUGUGGCGAGAAAAGCCGGAAAGGAUGGUCUCGCUCAGAAUGACCCCGUUCACAUGCAAGGUAUUCUUGACCGUGAACGGCUCAUGGAUCGUUUGGAGAUGCAACUCGAACGAGCCAAGACCCAGUGUCAGUUAGAAGGUAAAAUCUGGCAGCAAGUUGGACCGUCUGACAAACUCCGAGAAUUGCGGGAGAAGAUGGAUGGGGAUUUUGAGAGGCAACCUGAACUUGAUCAGAGUCCCCAGCAAAUGUUGGAAGGCAGCGCCCUAGGUUCGGUUCGGCGAACGCGGACCGUCAAUCGAGGAUCGCGGAGAGCAGCUGCGGAUGCUUUUGCAGGGGAGUUGUCUUCAGUUAUUGGUCGUCGUAACGCCGAAGAGGAGGACGAUGAAGAUGUUUAUUAUGAAAAGCCUCGUUUGGUGGAGCUCACUCGACCAAAGGUUCAUGGAAAGCAUCCUUCAACCGCUACGGCAGAGAUUGCCUCUCAACUUCAACGGUUCGAUGGCAGCGAAGGAGAAGAGCCUGAGGACGAGGGCGACGGUGUUACGACUGGACCUUCACAUCCUAGUGCGGGAUCGGAAGCUCCAAAGACUCCGGUUGAUGAGAUUCCAAGUGCGGAUGAGAAGUUCGGUCAACCUGCUCCCCCACCACCGCCUCCACUUCCAACGUUACCAGGAAAUGGUACUGCAGCGCCUCCACCUCCACCGCCGCUGCCAUCGCUGCCAGGUGCAGCUUCUGCGAUCCCCCCUGCUCCUCCACUUCCCGGCGCCGACGCGAUCCCGCCACCGCCACCUCUUCCAGGAACUACUGCUAUUCCUCCUCCUCCACCUCCACCUCCUCUCCCUGGUACUUCAGCUAUCCCCCCACCACCGCCACCACCACCGUUGCCUGGUGCGCUUCCAGGCGGACCUCCGCCUCCGCCUCCGCCUCCCCUACCAGGAAUGCCAAUGCCCCCACCGCCGCCGCCACCACCUCCUAUGCCGGGAGCGCCUCCUUUGCCUGGCGCAAGAAAAGGGGGCUUUCUCCCUCAACCUGCCUUUACUUCGACUCCCUCUGUUGGUCUUGCUGUAGCAAGGCCAAAGAAGAAGCUCAAGGCUCUGCAUUGGGAAAAGGUUGAUACACCACAAAUUACCAUGUGGGCGUCCCAUGCACCCACGCACGAAGAAAAGGAGAAGAAGUACCUGGAACUCUCAAAGAGGGGUGUGCUAGAUGAGGUCGAAAAACUCUUUUUGGCGAAAGAAGUGAAAAAGAUUGGUGGGAAGAGCAGCAAAAAGGAUGACAAGAAGCAAAUCAUUUCAAAUGACUUGAGGAAACAAUACCAAAUUUCCAUGUCGAAAUUUUCGCAAUUUUCUGUCGACGAGGUUAUUCGCAUGAUUAUUCACUGCGACAAGGACGUGCUAGAUAACAAUGUUGUCAUGGACUUUCUCCAGAAGAACGACCUCUGCAAUAUUCCAGACAACACUGCAAAGGCCAUGGCACCGUAUAGCAAAGACUGGACUGGCCCUGAUGCAGCGAACACGAGUCGUGAGCAAGAUCCGGCCGAGCUUACUCGGGAAGAUCAAAUCUACCUCCAAACAGCUUUCGAACUGCAUCAUUACUGGAAGUCGAGGAUGCGAGCUCUUGCCUUGACGAGGUCCUUUGAGGCUGAGUACGAUGAGGUUUCGGAGAAACUCCGCGAGGUUGUCCGCGUUUCAGAGUCGCUGCGAGACUCGGUUUCUUUGAUGAAUGUUCUGGGCUUGAUUCUUGACAUUGGAAACUAUAUGAAUGAUUCCAAUAAGCAAGCUACUGGGUUCAAACUCAGCUCACUAGCACGUCUAGGAAUGGUGAAGGACGACAAGAACGAAAGCACGUUUGCAGAUCUUGUGGAAAGGAUUGUGCGAACACAAUAUCCCGAAUGGGAAGGAUUCCUUGACGAUAUAUCUGGCGUGGUCGCUGCUCAAAAGCUCAAUGUAGAGCAGUUGCAAACCGAUGCGAAAAAGUACAUUGAGAACAUCAAGAAUGUGCAAUCGUCGCUUGAUUCGGGUAAUUUGAGCGAUCCAAAGAAAUUUCAUCCUCAGGAUCGUGUGAGUCAGGUCGUUCAGCGAUCUAUGAAGGAUGCGCGGAGAAAGGCUGAGCAAAUGCAACUCUUCCUUGAGGAGAUGAUUCGAUCAUAUGAUGAUAUUAUGACAUUCUAUGGUGAGGACAAUACGGACGAAAAUGCUCGAAGAGAUUUCUUUGCCAAACUUGCUCUCUUUGUCGUUGAGUGGAAGAAAUCAAGAGAAAAGAAUGUUACCUUGGAGGAAACUCGACGACGUAACGAAAUCUCUAUGCGACGAAAGAAUGCUAAUGCGGCUGCCUUGCUUAAUGCUUCCACCGGGACUGAGACAGCCACCACAGCCCACAAUACUGGUGCCAUGGAUACCUUACUUGAGAAGCUCCGUGCAGCAGCACCUCAAGCACGUGAUCAGAGAGAUCGCCGUCGGCGUGCACGACUCAAGGAUCGUCAUCAAGUCCGCAUCGCCUCUGGUCAAACGCUUCCUGAACUUCCUGAGAUUAAAAACAGCAGUUAUGAGUCUGAGGGGAAUCAGCAGCAACAGCAACAGCAGAAUCAGCAGCAGGACGAGGAUGGGGAGCCAAAUGGGGAAUUGCAUGUCCCUGAACCGGGUCAUACCACACUGGACGGAAUCUCCGAGGGCGAAGAUAUCGCCGAUCGCGCGGCCAAUCUUCUUCAAGGUCUCCGUGGAGACGGCGAGGGCGAGAAUGAGUCCAUGGGCCGAGACAGUAGUUUGAGAGUCCGACGCCGUCGGGAUGCCGAGGAUGAGCGACGCCAAAGACGAAAACGGAGAGCUGCUGGUGCGCACAUGUCUACAGCGAGUACUGCAACCACCAUCUCUACUCUUGGCGAAGAGCAGCUGCCCAAUCCGGACGAUUCCAUGUCCGUCGAAGGCAGCAGCCUCAUUGAAGGAACCAGUGUCGUCGAAGAUGCUGCCGACUCACAAAGGGAAGCGCCUGAAGAUGAAGCUGAAGGUUCCGAUGACAAGGCUGCACCUCUGCCACCAGCUUCUCCCACUACUCCCAAGACUCCCACCACCAUAGUGUCACCGCCAUCUCCUGAGCAACCCACGUCACGGGAAAAUCAAUAG